UUCGAUCGAUGAGAUCGACAGCUCCAACUCCAAUCGUUCAGUAGUUUGUCGUAUAGCAUUAUACUAACUAUACAUUAUUCUUUUUGUCAAGUGUUAUUUAAAUAUAUAAUUAUUUCAAUAAUAAUAAUUAUUAUUAUGAGUAAUAAGAGGUGCAUCGUUUUACAUUGUGAAAAUCGUUCAAAUUGCAAUCAGGCAAUUUCAUCGUAUGCAAUUCCAAAUGGAGGAGAGAGGUUAAUACAAUGGCUUAAUAGUUGCAACAGGACCGAUUUGUUGGAACGCGAAACCAAUAUUCGUACGAAUAAUAAAAACUUAAGAGUGUGCAAUUGUCACUUUGAAACCAAUAUGUUUUUUACUACACAGCGUAAGAGGUUAAGACCAAAUGCUGAACCCACAUUAUUUGGUGAUAUACCGUUCAAGUGGGUAAAAUUCCGGUCUGCCUAUUUAUACCAACCUAAGCAUCCAUAUUAUGACGACAAUGAUGUCUGUAUCGGUGUAAUGGAUGUCAUUUGUCAAUAUUGCAAUGCAAUGAAAUUUAAAGGAGAAUCUGCUGGUAUGUGUUGUUCAAAUGGAACUGUUCGUAUUCCAAAUAUCGAUAAACCACCAGAACCAAUGAAAACUCUUUUGGAAAAUUCAACAAAUAUUUCAAAACACUUUUUAGAAAAUAUUAAUAAAUAUAAUAAUGCAUUUCAUAUGACCUCAUUUGGAGCGGCAGAAACUAUUGUCGAAAAUUAUAUGCCUACAUUUAAAAUAAGAGGUCAAGUGUAUCAUUUAGCCAGAUCGUUGAUGCCUUUACCAAAUACAAAUCAUAAAUAUUUACAAGUUUAUUUUAUGGAUGACGAAGAGGAACAAAUAGAUGCGCGAAUGGGUGUUUGCAGUGGAUUGAAUAAAGAUAUUAUAAGAGAUUUGCAAUUAUUGUUACAUAAUGUCAAUCCUUUAAUUACGAAGUUCAAAACUGCAUUGGAUCAUAUGCCCACUGAUCAAUACCGAAUAGUCAUAAAUGCAAAUAUGGUUCCUCGAGGUCAACAUAGAGGUAGAUUUAAUGCACCAUCUCAAGUAGAAAUGGCUGUAAUAAUGAUUGGAGAAGAAUAUGGAAAUCGCGAUAUAAUUUUAUCUAGAAAAGAUGAAAAGUUACAACGAAUAAGUGAAACUCAUAGGUCUUAUGAUUCUCUAGAAUAUCCACUGAUAUUUCUACACGGUGAAGAUGGUUAUGCUAUUGAUAUUUUGUCAUUUAAUGUUAAUUUAAAUGAAUACAAUAGUCAUAAAACUGUUUCUUAAAAACAGUAUUAUGCUUAUAGAAUGAUGGAGAGACAUCAUAUCUACAAUCAUUUACAUAAUUAUAGAAAACUUAUUAAUAAAUAUUGGGUUGAUAUGUAUGCCAAAAUAGAAUCAGAACGGCUUUUAUUUAUACGAAAUAAUCAGUCAAAAUUAAGAGCGGAAGAUUACAUUCAUUUACGUGAUGCUAUAGAAAAUGACGGUCAUGUGAAUGAC